GACCACGCGAUGUUUGUUCCUUCCUCCCCGAGUGGAUCCCUCCUCUCCCCCCUCAAGUCCCUCCGCCGGAGACUGCGACCCCUGCCGUGAACGCCGCCGUCUGUGAGGGAGUGGUGGCGGCUGUCAGACUUCGCCAUCCCGCCCAGGUUUGUGGUGGACGAGAGCGGGGCCGCUGCUGCUGCCAUGACGCUGCAGCUGAGGAACCAGGACGCAGCCUACUAUCAGACUGCACACUAUCGCAGGAAUAUUACCGGUGUCAGCAGCCAUUAUCUUCCCCCUUUGCCAGGUCCAGAGACCAUGUUGAAGCCUGCCCUCCGCCUCUUUAGCCAUCCACAGCAGCCUUUUCAACACAUGGACUCUUUGCACCAGCUGGGACCUCCACCAAUGUUGCCUACACAGACUCUCUGCCCUCCACCAGUCGGCCCGACCCCUGCAAUUGGACCGCCAAAUAUCCCUCCCAACCAGACUCUGGGGCCCCCUCUCAUCACUGCUACUCACACCUUGAGGCCUCCUGCACACAGCCUAGGCCCACCACCAGUGGUUCCUGCUCAGCCACUGGGGCCCCUUUCUAUGAUGCAAAACUUGGGUCCUCUGUGUCUGGACCAUGCAAUGGUGCCUCCCUCCUUAGAGCUCACACAACCACCUCUGAACAAUGCACAUGCAUUGGUGACCCCAGUGCCUGCUGGACCUAACAGAUUCCCCUUGCCCUCCCCUCUUACUUCUAGCCCAGAAUCCACACAACUGCACCUAAGAUCUGGACCUCCGCUGAUCCCAUCCCCCGUGUGCGGCCUUAUUCAAUGCCCUCCUCGGGGUCAGACGGCCCCAGACUGCGAGCAGUCCCAGGAUGAGGGCUCUCCUCUGGCUGGGGAAGAACAGGAAGACACUUUUGGCCUGGAAGAACUUUGUAAACCAUUGUACUGUAAACUUUGCAAUGUUACCCUCAACUCAGCUCAGCAGGCACAGGCUCACUACCAGGGGAAGAACCACAGUAAGAAGUUGCGGAAUUUCUACGCCGGCAGCCAACAGCCUCCAGCCAUCAGGAUCCCAGAGGUCCUGGAGGUGGCUGGCCAGACAAACCUCAUCUCAGGAUCCAAUGAGAGCGAUACCGCAAGGCUGGCGCUGUACAAGGGGCCCACCCGGGUCAUUUUGGCCACAGAGAAUGAUUACUGCAAGCUGUGUGACGCCUCCUUCAGCUCGCAGUCCGUCGCGCAGGCUCACUACCAGGGCAAGAACCAUGCAAAGAAACUGCGUCUCGCCGAGGCUCAGCAGAGCAUCAACAUGGACGGGAGUAGCGAAGUGACCCCAAGACGGAACAGGAAAGACAGCAGCGAGUACCGACUGGUGAAAAGUCGUCGUAGCCCUCAGCUUCUUACCUCCUUGCAAGGGCCAUAUUACAACCCAAGACCGAGGCAGCGGAUCCCUCGAGAUUUAGCCAUGUGUGUGACCCCCAGCGGACAGUUCUACUGCUCCAUGUGCAACUGCGGUGCAGAACAGGAAACGGACUUCAGACAACAUCUGGAAAGCAAGCAACACAAAGCAAAAGUGUCCGAGUUAAGGUACCGCAACGAGAUGGAGAACCUGGGCUACAGCUAAGAAGAAAAUAGGCCGAGGGACAACGUGCGACCAAAGUAGGGGCAUUUUUCCUGAGGGGUGUUGAAACACCGUAGCAUUUUUGGGGUCCACCAAGAAAAUUGAAAUCUAAAUUAUCCAAGUGAAAUAUUAUAUUUCUGGGUUUUUUUUUGUUGUUUUUUUUAAUUCUAACUCAGGAUGGAGGUGAAUAAAAAAAAAAAAGGUAUUUCAGAAGACGAGGAGGACGAAUGCAUGCGGAUGCAGACUGCGCUCAUCUUGUGCACCAAUCAGAUCAAAUCCAAAGCACAACCAAUCACGCGGCAGGAAUACGACCCAUGUGACGUGAAUCUGUCUGCCUUCGCUGACCCUCAGCGGUUC